CACUUUUCUAUAACCAAAUCUAAAAUGAAGGUAUUGAACGCUGCAGCAGCGACCCCUCUAAAUUUACAAUUUUGCCACUCCACCAACCACCACUCCCUAAAACCCCCAUUUCUUCUUCUUCCUCCCCAAUUCCCACCCCUCCAAACUCCAACCUCUCCUUCAAUUUCUCUCAAACCCGGCACCCGUUUCUCAUCUGGGUCCGCAAUCAAAGCAUCAAUGGCGGCUCCUACUCCGUCCACGGCGGCGGAGACCAAGCCCUUCGCCGUCCUCUUUGUGUGCCUCGGCAACAUCUGCAGAAGCCCGGCUGCCGAAGGGGUGUUUAGAGACUUGGUCAACAAAAGGGGUUUGGAUUCCAAGUUUAAGAUUGAUUCAGCUGGAACUAUUGAUUACCAUGAGGGGAAUCUAGCGGACCCGAGGAUGAGGGCAGCCUCGAAAAGGCGUGGCAUUGAGAUAACUUCAUUAUCGAGGCCAAUCCGGCUGCCUGAUUUUCGCGAUUUUGAUCUUAUUCUUGCAAUGGACAAUCAAAACCGAGCUGAUAUAAUAGAGGCGUUUAAUCGGUGGAAAUUUAGAGAACCUUUACCUGAGGACGCUCACAAAAAGGUUAAGUUAAUGUGCUCUUACUGUAAGAAACAUGAUGAAACUGAAGUGCCGGACCCUUAUUAUGGUGGACCACAAGGUUUUGAGAAGGUUUUAGAUUUACUUGAAGAUGCGUGUGAAUCAUUGUUGGACAGCAUCUUGGCUGAGAACAAACACAUCUUUGAUUCUUAAACUCACUGUGAAAUCCAGUUGGAUUGAUUUUAGGGAUUUCGGUUGAUCAGCAAACUGUCCAUUUUGCAUAAUGCUUCUUGUUUGUUUGUUAUGUAAAGCAGCUUUUGCUCAAGGUCCGACGCCAUUACAUAAGAUCCACAUUGUCAUUUGUAAGUGAACGGUAGCUUCAACAGAGAAUUUAUCGCUAACUUCACUUAAUCACUCAAAAA